UGGAUACCGUGAGGUUGCCGUGAGGAGUAGUGAUGUCAGAAGGAACACCACUGUCACUGAUAACACAGUCAGUCAGUCAGUCACAUCAUGACAGGAGAGGUGCCUGCGAAGACGGGGAGGGCCAUACAAGACUGCGCCCGCCACGGACCUGUGCCGCUGGAGACUGAGCAACGUGGAGGGCAGGCAGACCUGGCACUAUGUGGAGGAGAAGGAUGGUAUCGAUAGGGAGCAGACCAUGCUGGAGGCCCACUCUCUGGGUCUGCACACUAGCAGGUUUGUUCGAGACUCUCCAGCUGCCCAAAAUGCCCAGGAGGCCGCACGGAAAGGCAUGGAGUUUUACCAGCACCUGCAGGCUGAGGAUGGCCACUGGGCAGGGGAUUACGGAGGGCCUCUUUUUCUUCUGCCAGGCUUGCUGAUCACGUGUCAUGUUGCCAAGAUCUCCCUUCCAGAGGCCUGGAAGAAGGAAAUGGUGCGCUACCUGCGUUCAGUGCAGCUGCCUGACGGAGGAUGGGGCCUACACAUCGAAGACAAAUCCACAGUGUUUGGAACAGCGUUGAGUUACAUCACUCUGAGGAUCCUGGGAGUUGGGCCUGAUGAUCCAGAUAUGAUGCGAGCUAGGAGCACCCUUCACAGCAAGGGAGGUGCUGUGGGGAUCCCAUCGUGGGGUAAAUUCUGGUUAGCCAUCAUGAACGUCUACAGCUGGGAAGGGAUGAAUACCCUACUGCCAGAGAUGUGGCUCUUCCCCACAUGGAUGCCAGCACACCCCUCCACCCUGUGGUGCCACUGUCGCCAGGUCUACCUCCCCAUGAGCUACUGCUAUGCUGUGCGGCUCAGCGCCCCAGAGGAUGAGCUGGUGCUCAGCCUGAGACAGGAGCUGUACGUCCAGGAUUAUUCCACAAUUGACUGGCCUGCUCAGAGGAACAACGUGGCCCCCUGCGAUAUGUACACCCCUCACAGCAUGCUGCUGACAGUCGCGUACAUGGUGAUGAACGUGUACGAGGCCCACCACAGCACCGCCUUACGGGGCAGAGCCGUCAAAGAGUUGUAUGACCACAUCAAGGCCGAUGACCGCUUCACAAAGUGCAUCAGCAUUGGACCGAUCUCCAAAACCAUCAACAUGCUGGUGCGCUGGUACGUAGAUGGGCCCGGCUCAGCAGCCUUCCAGGAACAUGUGUCCAGGAUCCCAGACUACCUAUGGCUGGGGCUUGAUGGCAUGAAGAUGCAGGGAACCAAUGGCUCCCAGCUUUGGGACACAGCCUUUGCAGUACAAGCUUUCUUGGAGGCAGGCGCUCAGGACAACCCCCGGUUCACACAGUGCCUUCAACAUGCCCACCAGUUCUUUGUAAUAACGCAGAUACCAGACAACCCACCAGAGUACAAGAAAUACUACAGACAAAUGAACAAGGGAGGGUUCCCCUUUAGUACAAGAGACUGCGGCUGGAUCGUGGCCGACUGCACGGCAGAGGGGUUGAAAUCAGUGAUGCUGCUCCAGGAACGGUGCUCCUUCCUCCGGCAGCACGUCCCCAUCGAGCGCCUCUACGAUGCCGUCAAUGUGCUGCUAAGUAUGAGAAACGGGGAUGGUGGAUUUGCCACGUAUGAGACCAAGCGAGGAGGGCGACUACUGGAGUUGUUGAACCCUUCAGAGGUGUUUGGCGACAUCAUGAUCGACUACACUUACGUGGAGUGCACUUCAGCAGUGAUGCAAGCACUAAAACACUUUCACAAGGUAUUCCCGGAGUACAAAGCAGAAGAAAUCAGGUCUACACUGAGGGAAGGCCUGGAGUACUGCCGGAGGGUGCAGAAACCUGAUGGAUCGUGGGAAGGGUCCUGGGGAGUGUGCUUUACAUACGGAGCCUGGUUUGGACUGGAGGCCUUUGCAUGCAUGGGUCAUGACUUUCUGAAUGGGUCGGCAUGCCACGAGGUGCAGAGCGCUUGCGACUUCCUUCUAACCAAGCAGAUGGCUGACGGCGGCUGGGGAGAAGACUUUGAGUCGUGUGAGCAGCGGCGCUACGUCCAGAGCGAGCACUCCCAGCUCCACAACACCUGCUGGGCUCUCCUGGGGCUCAUGGCUGUCAGGUAUCCAGAUAUCCAGGUGAUAGAGAGAGGGAUACAGGUGCUGAUUGAUAGGCAACUACCCAACGGAGACUGGCCACAGGAGAACAUUGCUGGUGUCUUCAACAAGAGCUGUGCCAUAAGCUACACCUCCUACAGGAACGUGUUCCCAAUCUGGACCCUGGGUCGCUUCUGCAGGCUCCAUCCCUCCAGCCCACUGGCUGGAAAGAUCAAGCUCUGAUGAAGCUGGUGACCAGGAAACCUCUAUACCUAGACUCCUUAACCCUCUAGUUACAUGGGAAGAGUCAGGGUACUUUUACUGUGCAUUUCACUGCUGACCAAAAUCGUGUCUUUUCCAUGGGUGGUAAAGCCACCAUUGUGUCAUUUAAACUCAAUGUUAAAGUACGUAAAUGUCACUGAUUUCAUGUAAUCACUGUUAACAAGUAAUGAAGAUAAAAUUC